CAGUUUCAUGUGUGAAUGUACGGCUGGGAUUGCCUUUUUUUGAGAAAUCACGUGCUCGCUUGUAGACGAUGGUUGUGUCUUUAGAAAGAAAGGACAUCAUGAAAUUUCUCAACAUUUCUUUCGUUUUUAGUGUCAUUAUUGUAUUUAAUGUUUGCAGAGACACAGAAAUGAAUCUUCUGACACCAAUGGUAGAAGAUCUGACCCUUCUUUAUGAGAAAUAGCAACAGUUUGAGAGCAGGUUUUCACAGGGGACAGAAGCCGAGAAGGGAAUGGGUGGCUGACUUGGUAUCAAGAAACGACGACGCUGUGCAGAGCUUGCCAAUCCAUGUGGGUAGUGUCUCUCUGCUGGCAGUUCUCAUCAAUCGCGGUGUUUUGGGCAUACCUCCUGAUGCCAGUAGAGCACAUGAAAAUGGAUUCUUUUGGAGCUGCAGACACAUCGAUGCUUCUCAGUUUUGGGUUGUUGGAACCGAUACUUGGUCAUGUGAACUGUUGAGAGAGUAAUAUAAAAUAACUGGUGUGAUGGUUGAAUUUGAAGAGAAAUUGAGUCAACGAGGUGGAGGUGGUUGUGGUUUAUCAAGUUCCAUUCAAAAGAUAAAUACGUCUUUGAAGAAAAAUUUACAAACAAUGCGAGAGAAGGUUCGAAGGCAACAAGAUUUGAUGAAACUCCUUUAAAUGCCACUAAGCAAAAGGUUGUAGCUGCUAAGCGAUAUGUAUAGAAGAAUUACAGAGAGCAGAUAAAGGAGCGGUUUAACUUUCGAUUUAUACAUUCAAUGUACCUGUUUAUAUUAUUUCGAUUUCUUGUUAGAAGGUGGAAGUUUUUGUCUGAUCGGAAUGUCCUGUUGUUUCUCUUAUUUGUAGAAGUAUAUUUUGGUAGCAGUUGCAUUGGAUUAUGGAGAUCAGUAGUGUGUGACAAUGGUUAGUUUAGUGCAUAAAUGAAUUUUUGGAACAUACACAGGUAGAUGGGCUAAUCAAUCGCAUUCUCAUUCAUAGUCAUGGAAUGUA